AUGUGGGUUGCUUCAAUCUUUUACAAGUCACCAAAAAUUACGUCAGAAGAAUCUACUGAAGAUAUUCCAGAUUUCAGAAUUAAUGCUGUAAAAGGUAAAAUAGUUGAUGGUCAUCCAAUGGAAGACCCAAAAUAUAAAGACAAUUUAGAAGCUAAUUUUAAAAUGCAUUUAAAUGGUGAUAUGUAUUUAUAUAAGACAAAAAUUGUUGAUAAUGUUUUAUUAAUUCCAAAAGAGUUUGAUAAGAGACAUAUUAAAAAAAUUGAAGAUUUAAAAUUAAUUCAAAAAAUUGAAAAUGAAUCACAAAAUAAAUUACGUAAAUUAAAUAUUAAAGAUCUUCAAUCUAGAUCCAAAUAA